AACCCCGAGUCGUCAUUAUCAUAACUCGACUCCGGCUUUACGCGCCAUGGUCGAGAAGAUUUAGAACAGAAAAGAGCAAAACGACAGCAUCUCAGCGACCACAACCGCUUGGCAAGACUCAAGAAUCACAAUCAACCUUCAUGUUUACUAUGUCCCUUCUAUAUCCAUAGUCGGUCCAAGUCUCUGAUAGUAAGAUGUCCUUCAACUCCAAAAACGCUGCCGGUCCAUCACGACCUCAAAAGCUGCCCCGUAAGGUCAACCGGUCACAACCUCAACUCAAACGCAAUGCUGCCUGCCUCCCAUGUCGCAGACGACGUAUCAAGUGUGACGCUACAAGACCUCAUUGCUCAUCCUGUGUACGAAGCUACCAUUUUCUGGCCCGUACUUAUCCUGAUACUGGAAGGGACGCUCGCGGAGUGCAAUGUACCUAUGCUGAAGAUGCCCCGGAUGUCGGCCAUAACGAGCAACAAUCCCAUGGUUUGCGAUCUCAACCUGCACAGCCGACAAAAAGGAAGCUCAGCGAAGAAGAUGGAGAAGAUGGGGAUCCAAAAGGGAUGAUUAAAAGGCUUGAAGGUAAAGUCGCCGAGCUCCAAAAAGCUCUGGAAAAGUCUCAUUGUACAACGCCUUCGAUUACAGAUCCUGGGCUGCAAAUACCAUCAAGCAAUGUCUCGGAUGGCGAAGCUCGUGGUCAACCCGCUCAAUUUGAAAACAGUUUUUAUUUAUGGACGGGAACCUCUCAAGCCGCAGUUGUGGAUACUUUCCCACCGCAAAAUCCUCAUAAGAACAAGCAUUCCGACCCCAUGAAUGGUUUCCCUUCCGCCUUGGAAAAUUUUGUACCUCAUCAUUCUGCCGAAAUGUACAACAUGGGCGAUGCUGGCUUUCCCCCUCUUCAACAAUCUUCAAUGCAGCUGAAAUAUAAUGCUAAAAAAUGUGACAGUCAUUUGGACAAUUUUCGAACGUCUGUAGAAGUUCCGCCCAUUGACGCAGAAGCUGGUAAGAUGGGUAACGAUAUUUUGGAUAUAUUGUGGCCGGGAUGGCCGCCGACUCUCCCUUCGCCAUCAAUGCUCGAGCAUCUGGUCGAAACCUUUUUCACCAUGACCCCAUCUGUACCUCGUGUUCUCCAUCGCCAAUCUUUCCUUGCCCGACUUGCGCUGCCGCCAUCGCACCCUGAAUUUCCCCAACGAGCUCUCCUACAUGCCAUUUGCGCUGCUGCUUCUCGAUAUUCCGCGGCGGUCUCUGUUCGAUCUGUCGCAGAUGGAAUGAUCAAAGUCAACGAUGAUGCUAGACAAGCACGGGGCAAGGGAUUAGACCAGGACGUUGCGAGCGAGACUUGCUUCUCAGAGCGAAAUGCAAUGUAUGCAAUAGAAUUCAUGAAGUAUAACCAUAUAAACGCCAGAGGGCUAUUUGAUAUUUUGCAGGCAACGAUCAUCCUAGGUCAUUGGUGUCAAGCCAAUUCAAGAUGGAUGGAGGGUUGGGUUAUGAUCGGUGCGGAAACGCGCCUUGCUAUCUGUCUUGGCCUUCUACAAAACCAAAGUCAGCACGAUCGCGGCAUACCUUCUAUCAAACAAUCAGUCUUGGACCGCCCGAAAGAUGAUGCCGACAGAGAGGAACGUCGAGCUACGAUGUAUUAUGCGCUGUGCUAUGAUGUGACCUCAUCAGCUUCAUCUGGCUGGGUUGGGACUAUGCCUACGGAAGAGCUGACUGCUAAUUUACCUGCAGCGCGAGUAGAUUUUGAUAAAGGGGGCAAAAUACCGGAGAAUCCUCAAAAUUUCCAUUCCCCAGACAUCUUUUACAACCACCCUGUUGCCGACAGUUUUGUCAUGAUGAUAAAAGGCAAAAUCCUUCUAGGUCGGGCUUGUCGUUUUGUCCGUAAAUGUAAGGCUAUGGAGCCCGAAGACAGGCUUCUAGCGAAAGAUACGCCCGAGUUCAGGCAAAUCGACGGCGACAUUGCCAUGUUCAGUAUGUCAUUCCCAAAGUCCCUCCGAGAUCCAGUUCAAUAUAUGAGUGGGCAUGCCAAAGGCAUAGAUGCCGACCUAGUCAGCGCCCAUCUCGUUCCACACGUCGUCGCCAUACAACUCCACGAACCAUUUGCCGAUCUAAACGACCCAUCCUGCAGCUCGGCCAUAAGAUUACUGACCGAGGCUAGAGCUUGUUUGAAUAUUGUUUACCUGUUGAUUGGCAGUAGUGCAGAUAUAUCCUACGUUGUUGCUCCUAUCACUUCUUUGUAUGUCCUAACUAUUUAAAAAAUGCCUCUUGCCAGCAGCUUAUCCAAUCUAGCUAUAUAUUCAC